AUGAAUCGUUUAAAUUGCAAGUACUAAUAAAAUUAACAACAAUACACUUAAUAUUACCAAGAAUCUCAAAAAAAAUGUCAUGAAUUUAGAUAAUAUGUUUACGAAGACUUAUAAAUCUUAAUAAAUUUAAUAUAUGGAAGGAAUGCUAUACUUGAACAUUUUAAGAAUGAUCCAUAUCAUCCUAUCGUUUCUAGGAUGAAUAACAAAAUACUACUAUAUUUAAAUUAAUCAAAUACAAUACAUUUAGGCUUGUAAUAAUAAUAUUAAAGGGAUUCAUAUUUAUCUAAAUUUUUGAUAUAAGAGAGAUUGAUAGCAUAUAGAAUUCUUAAAAAUGUUAUUAAUUUUAAUGAUAUUGAAAUGAACUCAUCAAAUUAAAAUUCAAGUCGGAUAAUCAGAAAUAACGAAAUAGAAGAAGAAUAUGUGAAUAAUGAAGAUUCAAUAUAAACAGCAUUAAUAGAAUACUCUAAUGAUUAUUAGAAUGGCAAUUUUAAAAUGAAUAAAUAUAAAUUACAAGAAACAGGUUUAGUUGCUAAAUCAGAAGAAUCGGAUUUAAUUAAAAGAAUUUCAGCCGAAUUCACUAUUGAUUCAAGAGCUAAUUCAUUAAGAAAUGGUUAAAGUUAUGAUACUCCCUUAGAAUGUGAUAUUUUAAAAACAGCAAAGUAUUUUAUAAUUAUUAUUGUAGAUAGUUUUAAAAUAAAGUUAGAGAUAAGUUAAAGUAAAAUUUUCACUAAAUAAACACAGGAGGAAGCUAGAUAAAAAAUAAUAAUACAGAAGAAGAAACUAUUUAAAAUGAAUUUAUUAAAUUUUAACAAUUCUAUAAGAACGGAAUCGAUAAUAAACAAUAGAUGGAUUAAUUUAUUUAAGAAUAUUAAAAUUUAAUACAUGUUUUGCUUAGUGAUUAUUAAUAUGAAUAAUAUUUGAAAUAGAUUUAAGAUUUGAGAUUAAGUGGCAAUAAUUUGUUUUAUGAUCACUAUUAAUUGUUCUAUUUUUUCAGACUUUUUACUGCAGAACAUAAUACAAAAAAGCCUGAAAUAAACCAUAUUAUUUAUUUCUUUAACUAUUUGGAAUAAAUUAAGAAGAAUAAAAUAUCUAUCCAAAGGGAAAAACCAGAAGAAUUAUUUUCAGAAAAAUAUAAUUAUUAAUUUUACCAAGAAUUCAAAAAAUGUUACAAAAUGGAAUGA